AUGCUCGUGCCCUACAGCCUGGUGCACAACGGCAUCUGCUAUACCAUUCUCCCUCUGUUUCCUGGGCCAUCUCCAGCUCAUACUGCCCUCGACCCCAUUCUGCUCGACGGAUCCGCAUUUCAUGACCGUCAUGCUGUGCCACCCUACACAUACCCUGCUAUCACCAGUGCAACCUGCUCCUGGACGGCCAUUCUUUCCCAGAUCUGGCAGCCAGAUGUCGUUUGGAGCUGCUGGAAGCUGGCCACCUUGGGCAGCUACAGUUCUGUCGCUGCGAUAUGGGAAGCCUGGGCAGAAGGCGAGCGUGUUGCAGAUGUCAGUCGCAAGCCACCUCUGCGUGAACUCGAGUGGCUGUGGGGUGCACAAAAAAAACACGACGACGAGGAGGGGCUGGCAGCAAAGCUGGCGACCACACAACGAUGCCACGGCUCAUCAGCUGUGGGCCCAUUUCAUGUACUUCAUCUCGUGCAUCGAGAAGCAGCUGAACGAUGGCAAGACAUCGGCCGAGGCCGUGCAUGA